UUUCUCCGAUUAAUUUUAAGAUUUUAAAAGAAUCAUCAGCGGAUUUACUUAAAGUAAUAUUAAAGAUUCAUAUAAAAAUACAAACGGAUAAAUUUGUGAUUGGAACACGAGAACGAUUAGCUUGCCAUGAACAUUGGAAAGAUUUAGCUAAUAAUUUAUCUGAACGUUUACGUAAUGUCACGGAAAAAAACAAUCAAUUGGAGCGAGAAAUAUCUGGAUUUUAUAAAGGAAAAUACUUGUUUGAAACAUUUGAUAAUUUAUCAAUAGAACAACUUUCUUCAAUAAGAUCUCAGAAACUAGAGAGUGCCCGUUCAGCAUGGAAUUUAUGCUUAUAUUGGAUUAGGGAUAACCAAAAAUUUACUGAUGGACAAGAAUUAUUAUUGGAAGUUCCCGAAAUUAUGAUAACUAUGUGGGAAAAAGCUUUUCAAAAAGAACAAAUCAAUCCUUUUCAGGGAGGAAAAAAAGAUCUUAGAUCUUUAUUAAAAUUAUGGAAAUUUUCUCUACAAACUUUAAGUAAUCAAUUUUUUAAACCAUCAGCGAUUAAAAAUCAAGAGUUAAGUGCCAAUAAAUAUGAUAAGUUCAGAAAUGGGAAUCUAUCUUGUACUUUAAAUAAACUUGAAGAAUAUCUGCCAGAACAACAGGAACAGAUUAGAAGUCUUUAUUCACUUAAAAAUUUAUUGCGUACUCGUUUAAGUGGAAUAAAUGAAUCGAUUAAGUCAUUACAUGAAGAUGAGGAUCUUG